AUGCCGGCGCCACCCUUCAUAGUCUCGUCCAGAGCUCACGGUCUAGACUUUGUUCGCCAGAUCCAGGCCGGCUCAAUCGACUACGGCAUCAUCUCGGAGUGGCUAGCAUGCUGUCAUAAGCACCACAGAUGCGAUCCACUAGAGUCCCUUUCAUCGGUCGCUGUUGGGAACCUUCGACUGAUCGACUGCAACAAUCGGUCUAUUGUCCCGGGCUCAGGUCAUAAGUACGUGACAUUGGGUUAUGUUUGGGGACCACACGCCAGGAACGAUGCUGUUGGCGACUUCAUUGGAUCAUUGCCACCCAGGUUGCCCGACACAAUUGAGGAUGCCAUCCAAGUCACCAAGAAGCUUGGUUUCCGGUACAUCUGGAUUGAUCGAUAUUGUAUCGAUCGUAGAGACGCACUGAAAUUCAAGUUCCAGCUCCACCAGAUGGGAGACAUAUAUAGGAACUCUUCCUUGACAAUUGUAGCAGCAGCAGGAGACAGAGAUUCUUAUGGGCUUCCCGGAGUCAGAUACCGCCCCAGAGCAGCUCAGCCUUACGCUAAGGCAGGGAGUCAUCUGCUGUUAUCAUCAUUGUCCGACCCUCAGGAGCUGGUCCGGGAAUCUGUAUGGGCUACCAGAGGCUGGACCUUCCAAGAGGCUCGGCUAUCGUCGCGCCGCUUGUACUUCACCGAGGAGCAAGUGUACUUUGAGUGCAACAACAGUUGGUUUCAGAAGUCACGAAGAGGGAUGGGCAUGGCAAAUAUUUCUUACGACCCAGAUGAUAGAACUUCCCUGCUGGCCCUAUCCACAUCACAAUGGAACGACGACCUUGGCCAUCAAAUGGUGGCCCGAAGUGGCCUGAUCAGCCACAAUUGGUGCUGGGUCUCAGACUACUUAUGGAACCAGAUAGCCCUGUACACCGAAAGGGAUUUCACAGAUCCGUCUGACGUACUAGAUGGCUUUGCAGGGCUGAUGGGAGCAUUUGAGUCGGCAAAGCCGUCUUACAGAUUUUUCUGGGGCACCCCGAUCCCUCCACCAAUUCCGGCUGCGGUGUACUAUUAUUACCGGCCGUGGUAUGAAUUCCGACCUUCCGACCAGCUUGAGGACUUUGCAACGACAACCGAAGCUGGCUUUCUGGCGGGUCUGUGCUGGGCCGCGAGGAAGCCCUUGGCGCGCCGCACCGGGUUUCCGAGCUGGUCAUGGACCGGAUGGUCUGGGGCUUCCUGCAUCGGACCGAACGCAGACACAGAGAUUGAAAUGCAUUAUUUCCGCGAGUCCACCGUCGAUGUAGAACUGAGAGGUGGCAAUACGAUUACCUGGAAAGGGUUUCUAGAGUCUCGGGGACGGUCGGAACUUUCUUCAGAGACAUCAUUCCAUAUCCACUUGUCUGCAUGGGUCACGCCGCUCAAAGUAGUUGCGUCGAACGGCGAUGAGGAUGUGGGCAGGAUGGAUCUGCCUCUGGGAAGGUAUAUGCACUGGAGAUUCACGCGGACCGGCGAGAGCGCUUUGCAGUCGGACAAGUCAUACUACGCUGUCUGGCUCACAUUGGGCGGGGAGUCUUGGAUAAAAAAUAAGGACAAACGCGGGCCUGGGAUACUUGUGGUCAUGGAUACAGAGGACGGAAGAAACACGAUGGAGCGUGUAGGACUCGCCCAGCUGGGCUCCCAGCUCAAAAUCGGCGACCAAGCACGCCGCCGCCGCUACGUCAUUCUCGGCGCCGGCGUCGUCGGCCUCUCCACGGCCCUCGAGCUCAAGCGCCGCCUGUCCGCCGCUGGCGAGGCCGCCGAAGCCGUGGUAGUGGCAAAGCACUUCCCUGGCGACCGCAGUGCCAGGGACUACUGCUCGCCCUGGGCGGGCGCCAACUGGUUCUCGGUCGCGACUGACAGCGGCGACCAGGAGCGCUGGGACGCCGAGACGUACCGCCGGUUCGCGCGGCUCGCCGACGGGGUCCCCGAGGCCGGCGUGCGGCGCAUGGACAUCCGCGCCUUCUUCGACCGCCCGCGCGAGGACGCCGGCGUCGUGAGCCCGGCGACGGGGCGGAUCUGGUACGACGAGCUCGUGGGCGGGCUGCGGCCGAUACCCCCCGGCGAGGUGCCCGACGGCGCCGAGUUUGGGUUCGUGGCCGGGUCGUUUGUGAUUAACACGCAGGCGUAUUUGGCUUGGUUGAAUACGGAGGCUCUGAAGGCUGGUAUCGAGAUGAGGAGAGCAUCGAUCGACGAUAUCCGAAUAUUGUUCAAGGAUAUCGAGGCCGAUGCGUAUUUCAACUGCACCGGCCUUGGAUCGUAUCAUCUGAAAGGCGUAGAAGACAAGUCCCUCUACCCCACGAAGGGUCAAGUAAUGCUGGUUGAGACACCCAAGACACCUCUCAAGACAAUGUAUUUUCGCUCCCCUCGACGGGUGGACAGCGACACGACAUAUGUCUUUCCCCGAAACCCGAGCGGCGGCGUGAUCCUGGGUGGCUGCAGAUUCGACAAUGAGUGGAGCGACACAAUAAAUCCCGAGUUGGCAGAAGACAUCAAGAGGAGGUGCUGCGCGCUUGCCCCCGAGCUUGGCAAACCGGAGGAUCUCAAGGUUAUCUAUCACGCGGUUGGCUUGAGGCCAAGUCGGAAAGGAGGCCCGCGAGUAGAACGAGAGCUGAUCGACGGAACACCCGUGAUCCACAACUAUGGCGCAGGAGGUGCUGGGUAUCAAUCAUCGUGGGGCACUGCCCAGCAUGCCGUUGACCUUGCGUUGCAGCGAUAA